UCACUUCUCUCCCCUUUGACUCCAUAAUCUCACUCUCUCGCUCGCAGCAGCAGCAGAGAGCACACUGCGUCUCGCAAAUGUCCCGCCGGUGCUUCAGCCUCACGGAAUCCAGGAACUGGUGCUACCGCUCCGCAUUCGCCAAGUCGGGCCUCCGGUCCGCCGUGACCAACCUCCGCGACGGCACCGUCGUCCACUGCUGGGUCCCCAAGGCCCGCUCCCCAGCCAAGCCCGACCUCCUCCUCAUCCACGGCCUCGGCGCCAACGCCCUCUGGCAGUGGGCCGACGUCCUCCCCCACCUCUCCCCCUACUUCAACCUCUUCGUCCCCGACCUCCUCUUCUUCGGCGACUCCUUCACCUCCCGCCCCGAUCGUUGCGACUCCUUCCAGGCACAGUGCCUGAUGCGGGUCAUGGAGGCCCACUCGGUGCGGCGGCUGAGCCUCGUGGGGAUGAGCUACGGGGGUUUUGUAGGGUACAGCAUGGCCGCGCAGUCCAUGGAGGAGGGGGCGGCAGUGGUGGUGGAGAGGGUGGUGAUAUGCUCUGCUGCCGUGUGCAUAGAGGGGAGGGACUUGAAGGAGGGAGUGUUGAGCGUGAACGACCUGGAGGAGGCGGCGAGGAUCCUCGUGCCGCAGACGCCGGCGAGGCUUAGGGAGCUGAUGGGCUACACGCUCUCCCGGCAUCCUCCUCUCGGGCUGAUUCCUUCUUGCUUGCUCAGUGAUUUCAUUGAUGCAAUGUGCGCUGAUUACAUCGAAGAGAAGAGAGACUUGGUUCGAGCCAUUCUAAGAAAUCGUAAAAUCUCCGAAAUCCCGAAACUCACCCAGCCCACAUUGAUAAUCUGGGGAGAGCACGACCACAUCUUCCCAUUAGAGCUGGGUCACAGGCUCAAGAGGCAUAUAGGAGACAAUGCGCAUCUCGUGGUCAUCAAGGAUACGGGACACGCCUUCAACGUGGAGAAACCAAAAGAGUUCCACAACCUUUUGAAGACGUUCCUCGUCGAUCUGCUGCCUCCUCCAGCAAGCUCAUUGCCGGAUUCUGAAAGUGAGAAAUGCACUACAGAAAAGAGAGGAAGCGAUGAUGGUAGUGAUCCGAAGACAAAGACGACAGCCUCUACCAAGGCUCCUUCACAAGCAUAAGGUGCAUUCGAAUCAAUUCUUUGGUUUAAGAUCCAUUCGUGACCCUAAGGUGCAUUUAUUUGGAGGUAAUCCCUCCCAGAUGCAAGGAAAAGAACCGGUUUAGGAGAUGUAUAU